ACCCAUGCUGCCCCGCGCGCUGGCACUGACGUGGCCCCGGAGCGCCGCCAUCUUGUGUGCCUGGGCGGAGAGCGGCUGAGAGGCGCAGGGGCAGCCGGCUCCGAGCGGGACAGCCCGAGGAAAGCCAGACCCACUGCCCGGGGCAGCAGCCGAUACCGACUUCACUGGCCAGUGAAAGCAGAUCUCAAGAUGGGAAAUAUUUUUGCUAACCUCUUCAAAGGCCUUUUUGGCAAAAAAGAAAUGCGUAUUCUAAUGGUUGGGCUGGACGCUGCAGGAAAGACUACAAUUUUGUACAAACUUAAACUUGGUGAAAUAGUAACUACUAUUCCUACUAUAGGUUUCAAUGUGGAAACGGUAGAAUACAAGAACAUCAGCUUCACGGUGUGGGAUGUAGGCGGCCAGGAUAAGAUCAGACCACUCUGGCGCCAUUAUUUCCAGAACACACAAGGUUUGAUUUUUGUGGUUGACAGUAAUGACAGAGAACGAGUGAACGAGGCCAGGGAAGAGCUGAUGAGAAUGCUGGCAGAAGAUGAGCUUAGAGAUGCGGUUCUAUUAGUGUUUGCUAACAAACAGGACCUGCCCAACGCCAUGAAUGCAGCAGAAAUCACAGACAAACUCGGACUGCAUUCUCUUCGUCACAGGAACUGGUACAUCCAGGCGACCUGCGCCACCAGCGGGGACGGUCUCUAUGAAGGACUGGACUGGUUGUCCAAUCAGCUCCGAAACCAGAAAUGAAACCAGAAACCUUCCUCUUCCCUCUUUUUCCACCCCCUCCCUCUUAUUUCCUCCUCUUCGCCCUUCGCUUUACUCUAAUGUGGCAAACUGUGCUACUUUGUGGUAUUGAGUGCCGGAAGCUGUUUUCAUUUCUUUUUGUCACAGUAUAUAUUGCAUCAUGCUGUAAAUGUGGCAAAUACAAGCCAGAAAACAGUUAGGUUUCUUAUUUAAUGUAAAUAGUUUUUUGUUUCCAAUGAGGCAGUUUCUGGUACUCCUAUGCAAUAUUACUCAGCUUUUUUUAUUGUAAAGAAUCAACUCACUGUUUAGUACUUGGAAGGGAUGGAGUGGCUUAACGUAGGGGUUGCCAGCGCUCCUCGUGCAGUAGAGCUGAAUCCUAUCUCGGUUGGGUUGUGAGAUCUGUGAGGUCCGUUUUGGUGGUUGGUUUUUAACCUGAAAUUCUGUAUUCUUUCUUCCUUUUUAAAUAGUCGAGGAAAAGUAAAAACACUUGAGGACACCAAGGUUGGCCGCAGCUCCUGCUGUGGUGGCUCUUGGGCCUUUCGAGGCGGUGCGGCAGCGCUCGACGCCGGCUCAGCUCCGUGGGGUUGGAGCGCAGAGCUGACAGAUCCCCGGCUCUUCCUGCAGCUCACGGUUGUCCGUACUUGCUCCGAGAUUUGUCAGACCUGGUGUAGAUGGGGCUGCAGGCUCGCGCUAAACCUCCGCCUUUUGGUUCAGGUGAGAUCUACCACGUCCGCUGAACCCGAGCCGUAUCCGGGAGCCCCGUUCUUAGCCUGUUGUAUUGGUCAAAAGUGUUUUGUACUUUUGUGUGUAAACCACUCCAGAGGGCAAACUUUUCCACAGAAAGCACAGCCUGUACUAGUCCUAAGCUCUAGAGUCAGAAAGUACUGUACUGAAUAAGAAUUGCCAUGAGAAACACCAAACAUCUAUGUAUAGUGUCUAGGGAAAUAAAAAAAAAAGCAUGAGAGUUAGGAGAGUCAUUCCACUCUAGAAGUAUUCAAUCCCAUUCUGGAACAAUCCCAUGUCUGUAUAUGUGUGAAAACCCUUGGCAUCCCUCAUACUGCAAGGUUCAGAUUUGCCAUCAGACAAAGACCUCUUUACUUUUCUUUUGUAUUUUGAUAAACACUGAAGAAGCUGGAGCUGUCCAACUUUAACUCGAGGAACUAUCAGAACUGGUUUGUUUAGUGUUGUGGACCCCUUUAUUGCUUUCAAUACACGAUUAGUAAUCAACUGUUUUGUAUACUUGUUUUCAGUUUUCAUUUCGACAAAACAAGCACUGUAAUUAAAGCUGUUAGAAUAAAAUCUCUUAACUAUUUCAUGUUUUUUAUGCCUUGCUGUUCAUUCGAUCAUCUUGGCAGAAUCAUAAUGAAAUACUUGUUGAAUAAAAAGUUUCAUGAGACUUGCA